GAAAGGCUAUUUCCCAUGGCGGGAGAGUCUAGGACAAGAGGGCACAGCCUCAGGAUAGAGGGGCGUCCAUUUAAAACGGAGAAGCGGAGAAAUUUCUUUAGCCAGAGCGCAGUGAACUUGUGGAAUUCAUUACCGCAGACAACUGUGGAGGCCGGGCUGUUGGGUAUACUUGAGAAGCGGAGAAAUUUCUUUAGCCAGAGCGCAGUGAACUUGUGGAAUUCAUUACCGCAGACAACUGUGGAGGCCGGGCUGUUGGGUAUACUUGAGAAGCGGAGAAAUUUCUUUAGCCAGAGCGCAGUGAACUUGUGGAAUUCAUUACCGCAGACAACUGUGGAGGCCGGGCUGUUGGGUAUACUUGAGGCCGGACUUGAGAAAGUCCAGGAGGAACUGGACACAGUGAUCGGUAGGGAGCGGCCGCCGCGGCUGGACGAUCGCCGGCAACUGCCCUACACGGACGCCGUGAUCCACGAGACGCAGAGAUUCGCCAACAUCGUCCCUCUUAACCUUCCUCACCGGACCACUACCGACGUCAAUUUCCGAGGGUACUUCAUCCCCAAGGGGACGCACAUCAUCCCGUCGCUGACGUCGGUGCUGCGGGAUCAGUCGCAGUGGGAGAGACCGGAAGAGUUCCACCCGGCCCACUUCCUGGACGGAAAGGGCAAGUUUGUCAAGAGGGACGCCUUCAUCCCUUUCUCUGCAGGUCGCAGAUCCUGCGCGGGGGAGAGUCUGGCCAAGGCGGAGUUGUUCCUCUUCUUCUGCGCCCUCCUGCAGUCCUUCUCCUUCCGAGUGCCGGCGGGUGCGGCUCCGGACCUCACCGCCCGCGUGGGUAUCACCCUCAGCCCACAACCCCACACGCUCUGCGCCGUCCUCCGCUAACCCACCAUUCCGGGUGGGGGCAGGCGGUAAAGAGCAGCAGGCAACUCGAACUAUAGCUUGUAUAUGGGUGGGGUGGCGUGGGUCUUGCUGGGGGAGUGAGAGGAGAUCGGGGAGCGCGCGGAGAUGGGGGACUGCAGUUGGGGGUGGAUGAGGGGUCG